AGAUUUUUCAGAUUUUGAAAACUCAGAAGAACAAAAUGGAGACUGUAAGGAUGGUGAAGUUACCAUACUUUUUCAUAUCUUGUCUUCUCUUAAUCAUUAUCUGGUUAUUGUCUCAUCAUCCCUCAUGUUCCCCAUAUAUGAGUACCAUUCGAGGAACAGAAUUCUCGCACAUUCCACCUGAAUCUUCAGGCUUAUCGAGUUUACUAAAAGAAGCAGCUACAGAAGAUAAUACUGUGAUUAUUACCAUGGUAGAUCGAGAAUGGGCAAAACCAGCAUCUCUUCUUGAUCUGUUCCUUGAGAGUUUUCGGAUUGGAGAAAGAACCAAACACUUGCUGAAUCAUUUGAUUGUUGUGGCUCUAGAUAAUCAAGCUCUUCGAUAUUGUCGUCGUGCCCAUCCUCGUUGUUAUCUUCAUACAGGUUCUGGAAAGAAAAUUGGAUCUGUAAACCCAGAUGGUCUUAUUGCCGGUUGGAAUAAAAAGGCUUUGGUGAAAGAGAUUCUAGAACUCGGCUAUAACAUGAUAUUUACUGAAGCUGAUGUGAUAUGGCUAAGGAACCCUCUAAUGCACUGUCAUCCACAUAAUUCAGUCUCAGUGGCUUGCGGGUUCUCAUCAAGUGAUCAACAACAUGUAACAGCAGAAAAUACAGGAGGUUUCUUCUAUGCCAAGUCUAAUGAAAUAACCAUAGACAUGUUCAAGAUCUUGAACGUAGAGAGAGUUUUGUAUCCUUCAACUGGAAACCAAUCCUUCUGCGACAUUGUCAAGCGGGAAGAUGUAAUUCGUGGGCUUAACAUGAAAGUAACGUACUUGGAUGACGAUAAUUUUGUGAGGUUUUGUCAACCAAAUAGGCAAAACCAAAGCAAGAUAACUACAGUUCAUGCAAGUUGUUAUGAUGAUACAAAGAGUAAGGUGCAGUACCUUAAGUUGCUUCUCCAAGACCGGAAAAUAUGA